UAAUCGCGGAAGUGCAGCUACUAUGUUGUGUUUUGUGCAGUACGUAGCACAGUUAUAUAUAUUUUUUUCAAGCGCUUCCAUUGUGAGACGACGUUCAAAAAAAGAUUAGAAAUCUCCAACUCUGGCAACAGGCACCGCAGAAAAUGGAGGACGACGCUCCUGUUAUUUAUGGUCUUGAAUUUCAGGCACGAGCACUUACUGCCCAGACAGCUGAAACUGAUGCCAUUCGUUUUCUUGUGGGCACACAGUCAUUGAAAUUUGACAACCAGAUCCACAUCAUUGACUUUGAUGAUGAGAAUAACAUCAUUAAUAAGAAUGUCCUUCUGCACCAAGCUGGGGAGAUAUGGCACAUUGGCGCCAGUCCUGCAGAUAAGGCUGUGCUUACCACCUGCUAUAACAAAACCAGUGACAGCAGGGUGGUGUCCUGUGCGGCAGUAUGGCGGAUGCCCUCUGAUUGGGAGACAGGAAGCCAUGAGUCACCUGACGACUCCGCCCACAACCCCCAAACCCUGGAGCUGCUCUGUCACCUAGACGACAGCGCCCACAGCAAUGCUGCCUGCGUGCUGUGGGAGCCCAUGGGGGAUGGCAAGCGUGUGAUUUCAUUGGCUGAUAAUCACGCACUACUCUGGGACCUGCAGGAGAGCUCCACACAGGCCACGGUCUCCAGCACCGCCACCUUGGAGGGCAAAGGUCAGCUGAAGUUCACCUCGGGCAAGUGGAGCCCCCACCACAAUUGCAGCCAGCUUGCCACAGCGAAUGACACGGCCAUACGAGGCUGGGACCUUCGCACCAUGAGUCAGAUCUACUGUAUAGAGAACGCCCAUGGCCAGCUGGUGCGUGACCUGGACUUCAACCCCAACCGGCAGUACUACCUGGCCAGCUGUGGAGACGACUGCAAGGUCAAGUUCUGGGACGUCCGCAAUGUCCAGGAGCCUGUCAAGACCCUGGAGGAGCACUCACACUGGGUGUGGAGCGUCCGCUACAACCACAGCCACGACCAGCUGGUGUUGACAGCCAGCAGUGACAGCCGCCUCAUCCUCUCCAAUAUGGUGUCCAUCUCCUCAGAGCCAUUCGGACACUUGGUGGACGAUGAGGAGCUCAGUGAGGGGGAGGACAACCACCAGGAGGACAAAGGUAAGGAGCCCCUGAAGGACAGCGUGGUGUCUACCUAUGAAGAACACGAAGACAGCGUGUAUGCGGCAGAGUGGUCAUCGGCCGACCCCUGGCUCUUCGCCUCGCUCAGCUACGAUGGACGCCUCGUCAUCAACAGGGUUCCCCGCGCUCUCAAAUACCGCAUCCUGCUCUGAGAGGGUGGGGAGGGACAGGUGAUCUGAAUGUGUGUAUGUGUGUACUGUGAGUGUGUGAGAGAAGCCAUAACAUGUCCUUUGCUACCAAAAUCUGCAAGAAGACAUUCCAUUAUAUCGUGGCACAGUAAGUGUGCUGUGGAAUACAGUGCAAACUGCAUGUGAAGGCUGCAAUGGUAAAGAUUGCGUGCGUGUGUGUGAUAUAAAUUUUCUGUAGCUCAUAUGUUCGGAAAGACGGAUAAAUAUUGACAUGGUGUCGACUUGUGGUGUCGUGGUGUUGGCAGCAACGCCAUAUACGAAAAGAACACAUACAGAAGAAAAAUCAUUUUCUUCAUAACAUAAAUCCAAAACGUGUACUUUGUCAUGUCAUUAUUUGCAUAAAUAUGUUAUUUCCUGCUUA